AUGGAAGCCGGCGAUGAUUUCUUGUAUUAUGACAAUGGUCAGAACUUCCUGGAUGCUAGCGUCUCACCCACUCUCCAAGCCGAGUCCAAUCUCGCCAUGUCGUUCGACCCCAGCGGAGUUAACUAUCAUUCCGAAGAUGCGACUAUCGCCUGUACUGAGGAACAUUACGAACAGGCGAUUGAGACUGACUUCGGUCAAACAAGUAUGACAACUCGUGCAAAUACCAACUAUUAUGCACCUACUUCAGUCUUUACUGUCGCAUAUGAUUCCGGCAUAGCUCUGCAUCCUCCUUUGACUAAUCGUCACACUGCCGAUCAGGUUCCCGUACUACCGUAUGAGGACAACCUGCCGGACAACCAACCUCCCCGUACGAGUGGGGGAAAUACCCCAACAGUGGAGCACUCCUCAUCCAAAAAACGAAAAACGGCGCAGAUCAAGUCAUCAAAAGACGGCAAAGCGAAAAAACAGCCAGUGAUAUGGGAGCAACAUUGUUGUCCGUUCUGCAGUAUGGGCCUGGCACGGGAUCCUAUCGUAAAGAUCAAAUAUUGCCAGGUAUUCAAGAAUCAUAUCAUCAACGCGCAUUACGGCUUCUUAUUGGUGGGAAGUAGCAGCAAGAAGUUUAAAUGCGGGUUCUGUACUUGCCUCGGUUCUGCCGCAUGUGGAGGUCACUUUCAUAGUACUCUUGAGCUGAUGAACCAUCUAUGGACCAGUCAUAGUAGGAAUUUGGAACAUCUCCAGUGGCAUAUUCACUACUGCCCAGAGGAUGACCAGGGUAGAGUUGCUGAGUGCUUCGAUACCACCUUCGAACGGGGCUCGAAUGAGGCCAAUGGAAUCCGCAAUUAG